CCACGAAGCUUUUUAGUUUAUCCCAGUCGCUAGGCGACAGUAAGCCGGAAACGGAAAUGCCGUUCGCGACAGCUUCCGGAAGAAGCCGCCAUGGCUGCCAGGGAGGACGUGCUCGCCUUGCAGGCUGAAGUUGCCCGGCGUGAGGAGGAGCUGAGUUUUCUGAAGCAGAGGCUGGCGGCGGCUGUGCUGACGGAGCAGGAACCCCAGCCAGAACAGCUGGAUGCGGUGUCGCCGCUGCCGCUGAAGGCCGCCCUCUCCCGAGAUGAGAUUCUGCGCUAUAGUCGCCAGCUAAUAUUGCCCGAGCUGGGCGUGCACGGACAGCUUCGCCUGGCAACCGCGUCCGUGCUAGUCGUGGGCUGCGGUGGGCUCGGUUGUCCCCUGGCGCAGUACCUGGCAGCAGCCGGCGUGGGCCGCCUCGGCCUCUUGGACUACGACGUGGUGGAAAUGAGCAACCUGCCCCGCCAAGUGCUUCACGGCGAGGCGCUGGCCGGCCAGGCCAAGGCCUUCUCGGCUGCGGCCUCGCUGCGCCGGCUCAAUUCGGCGGUGGAGUGCGUGCCCUACGCCCAGGCCCUUACGCCAGCCACGGCUCUAGACCUGGUCCGCCGCUAUGACUUGGUGGCGGACUGCUCCGACAACAUGCCCACUCGCUACCUGGUGAACGACGCAUGCGUGCUGGCCGGCCGGCCUCUUGUGUCUGCCAGUGCCUUGCGCUUCGAGGGCCAAAUCAUAGUCUACCACUAUGACGGUGGGCCUUGCUACCGCUGCGUAUUCCCUCAACCUCCCGCCGCUGAGACGGUGACCAAUUGCGCCGAUGGCGGGGUGCUCGGUGUCGUGACUGGGGUCCUGGGCUGUCUGCAGGCACUGGAAGUGCUGAAAAUCGCUGCGGGGCUGGGCCCCUCUUACAGUGGCAGGAUGUUGCUCUUCGAUGCCCUCAGAGGGCAUUUCCGCUGUAUUCAGCUGCGGAGCCGCAGGCCCGACUGCGCAGUUUGCGGGGAGCGGCCCACUGUGACUGAGCUCCAGGACUAUGAAGCCUUCUGUGGCUCCUCAGCCAAUGAUAAGUGCCGCUCCCUGCAGUUACUGAGCUCAGAAGAGCGAGUUUCUGUCACCGACUAUAAGCGACUUCUGGAUUCUGGGGCAUCGCAUCUGUUGCUGGACGUCAGGCCCCAAGUGGAAGUGGACAUCUGUCGUUUGCCUCAUGCCGUACAUAUCCCUUUGAAACAUUUGGAACGGAGGGAUGCGGAGAGCUUGAAACUCUUAGGAGAAGCAAUCCGGGAAGAGAAGCGGGGCACAGAGGAAGGGCCUGAUCUCUCCAUUUAUGUCAUUUGCAAACUGGGAAAUGACUCCCAGAAAGCUGUGAAGAUCCUCCAGUCCUUAGCAGCAGCCCAUGAGUUAGGCUCUUUUACGGUGCGGGAUGUUGUGGGGGGCCUCAUGGCCUGGGCUGCCAAAAUCGAUGGAACAUUUCCACAGUACUGAGAUGACUGGUAUGGUCUGAUGAGAAAGAUGUGAAUUGCCAUAAUAUGUCAAAGAUAUAUUUAUUUGCAUUUUUUCGGUAAUGUGGUGAAGAGCCUGGGAUUCGACAUUAUCUGUGAAUUCAUGGACUCCUUUUUUAUAAGGAGCGUUUUGAUUGUAAUGUAUUAGAUGACUGACUUAUUAAUGGAUUAUAAUACUGUUUCUGAGAACUGUCAUGUGUUUUUAGCCCUUGGAGGAUGUCUUGAAUAUGUGAGAUGCAAUGUUACAAGAAUUUGUAUUUUAAACUGUG